UGAGAUAUUCCUGAUCGCCUACACUGGUUCUCCCUGAUCCCUAGCUAGCUAGUUAGCUUUUCAGUCACCCAAGUCGUGAGCAUGGAGAAAACCAAUUCAUCCGUAUUGGCAAGGGCAAAAUCGGAUCAAUCAGUGGUGGAGACGGUUGCAGCGGCUGCGGAUAGCGGCGGAACCCUGUCGAGAAAGUCUAGUAAGCGGAUGGUGCCAUCACCAGGGCGAAGUAGUGGUAGCGGCAGCAGCAAAAACCCAUACAUUAGAAAGUGUAGGAGUGCCCAAAUGAGGAUAGAAUUGGAUGAAGUGAGCAGUGGCGCCGCUCUCAGCCGAGCCUCCAGUGCCGGCUUGGGCUUCUCAUUCUCCUUCACCGGAUUCACAAUGCCUCCUGAUGAAGUAACCGACUCCAAGCCGUUAAGCGACGAUGAUGGUUCCGAUCAGGAUCUUGAAGCUGGCACGCGUAAGCCGAAGCUGCAAACAGAACCAACCUUGCCAAUUUAUCUCAAGUUCACAGAUGUGACAUACAAGGUAACUCUCAAACGAAUGAGAACAACCCAACAGAAGGAUAUUCUGAAUGGGAUUACGGGUUCAGUGAACCCUGGGGAGCUUUUGGCAUUGAUGGGACCUUCAGGAAGUGGAAAGACAACACUGCUAAAUCUGCUCGGUGGCAGGCUUAAUCAGCCCACCGUUGGAUCACUUACUUACAAUGACCAACCUUAUUCCAAGUUCCUAAAAUGCAGGAUAGGAUUUGUGACUCAAGACGACGUUCUGUUUCCUCACCUUACAGUGAAGGAAACAUUGACAUAUGCAGCCCUCCUACGACUCCCAAAGACAUUGACAAGAGAGCAAAAGGAAAAACGAGCAAUAGAUGUCAUCAAUGAGCUAGGCUUGGAAAGGUGCCAAGACACUAUCAUUGGGGGCUCCUUUGUUCGGGGAGUGUCAGGUGGAGAGAGGAAAAGAGUUUGUAUUGGAAAUGAGAUCAUUAUCAACCCGUCACUUCUGUUUCUUGAUGAACCAACCUCUGGUUUGGAUUCUACUACUGCUUUAAGGAUUGUCCAGAUGUUGCAAGACAUUGCAGAGGCCGGAAAAACAGUGGUAACGACGAUCCAUCAGCCAUCAAGCAGACUGUUCCACAAAUUUGACAAGUUAAUCCUUCUUGGGAAAGGGAGCUUGCUCUACUUUGGAAAAGCAUCAGAAGCAAUGGUGUAUUUCUCAUCUAUAGGAUGCUCUCCUCUGAUUGCCAUGAAUCCGGCAGAGUUCUUGAUAGACCUUGCAAAUGGGAACCUCCAUGAUGUCUCAGUACCAUCAGAAUUAGAGGACAAAGUGCAGAUGGGGAAUUCAGAGGCUGAAAUACGGAACAGGAAACCAUCUCCUGCUGUCGUGCAAGAGUAUCUUGUGGAGGCGUAUGAGACCCGAGUUGCAAAAAAUGAAAAGAAGAAACUUCUGGUUCCUAUACCCCUCGAUGAACGAGUAAAAUUGAAGGUCUCUUCCCCAAAGAGACAGUGGGGGGCAAGCUGGUGGGAACAAUAUUCCAUAUUGUGUUGGAGAGGAUUCAAAGAACGGAGGCAUGACUAUUUCAGCUGGUUGAGAAUCACUCAAGUUCUCUCUACUGCAAUUAUCUUGGGAUUACUGUGGUGGCAGUCUGAUACUGACAGCCAAGGCCUGCAAGAACAGGCAGGACUGCUUUUCUUCAUCGGUGUCUUCUGGGGAUUCUUCCCUGUAUUCACAGCAAUCUUCACAUUCCCGCAAGAAAGAGCCAUGCUGAGUAAAGAAAGAGCAGCCGACAUGUACAGACUAAGUGCAUAUUUUGUGGCUAGAACUACAAGCGACCUUCCACUUGACUUGUUACUACCAGUACUAUUCCUUCUUGUCGUCUAUUUUAUGGCAGGCUUGAGAAUGAGUGCUGGUCCCUUUUUCCUAAGCCUGCUUACAGUCUUCCUCUGCAUUGUGGCGGCUCAGGGAUUUGGACUAGCUAUAGGAGCUACAUUCAUGGACUUGAAGAGGGCAACUACUCUGGCCUCAGUAGCUGUCAUGACCUUCAUGCUAGCUGGUGGGUUCUUUGUGAAGAAAGUUCCGAUAUUCAUUUCUUGGAUCCGCUAUCUGUCUUUCAACUACCACACAUACAGGCUGCUUCUGAAGGUGCAGUAUGAACACAUCACACCCACCAUAAAUGGGAUGAGAAUAGACGAGGGUAUAGUGGAGGUCAGUGCCCUGGUAGCCAUGGUUUUUGGUUACCGUCUUCUGGCAUACCUUUCUUUGCGGAGGAUGAAACUCCAAUCUGGAGCUUAAUAAGUUUGCGAUCUGCAAAGGAGCAUGGAUCUGGUCCCUGGACAGCUAGCUGCACAAGGAGCUGAGUGUCAAGGUGAAAAGAAAUGGCAGCGAAUUGAUCAAUGUGUAAAAACCAUUCCACAUAAAUGGCAUCCAAGGAGAAUGCUACAUGUUCCUAAGUCAAUUUCACUGUAUGCAAAAUCCUCUGAGAUGUCACCGGAAAAUCUCAAACUCAUGCGGUCUUAAUGUUAAAAACGACAAACAACGGUUCUAUGUUACCACAUCAAAUAUUUAUGAAGAAAAUCUACUUACAAAUAA